UGUUCCACGACCGUCCACCGAACUUGGAGCUUGAAGUCCGGAGCUGGGACGGAGACUCCGGAGCGGGACACGGAGACAGCACCGGGGACAUGUCCGCCGGUUUCACUCCACUUUACCCGAGUUCCACCCGCCGCCCCGCCGCCGCCCGAGCCGCCGAGCCCGGGUCCGAGUGAGGGACCGAGCCGCUGAACCGGAGACAAACAGGUUUCCCGUGUCCCGGUGUGUCCGAACCGCCAUGACCCAGCUGGGGGUCCUCCGGGCCGCCGGGGUCCGGCUGCUGAGGCGGGCUGCGACCCCUGCGCUGCCCCGGGGGCUGCUGCUGCUGUCCCCGGGGACAUGUCCCCGCCGCAUGGGGACACACGGCCGGAGCGAGCCCGGGGAACCGCUCAACUCCCCGAAGCGGGCGAAGGAGUUCAUCUACGGGCUCCAGGCCCCGGAGAGGACGUGUCUGCUCCGGGAGCUGCAGAGCUUCGAGUCCAUGGCCAUCGCGCAAGAGAGCCUGGCGCCCACGCCGCUGACUUCAGCUCAGAUCAGAUACGUUCUGUUCCACAACGCCGUCCCCUUCGUUGGAUUUGGUUUCCUUGAUAACGCCAUCAUGAUCGCAGCAGGAACGCAGAUCGAACUCUCCAUCGGAGUCACUCUGGGCAUCUCCACCAUGGCAGCUGCCGCUCUGGGGAACCUGGUCUCAGAUCUGGCCGGACUCGGUCUUGCAGGUUAUGUGGAGGCCCUGGCCACCAGGCUGGGGAUGCAGGUUCCUGAUAUGACGCCCAAGCAGGCGGACAUGUGGCAGACCAGGGUCAGCUCGCACCUGGGUAAAGCCAUCGGCGUGACCAUCGGCUGCAUUCUGGGGAUGUUCCCGCUCUUCUUCCUGGAUGACGAGAAGGAGAAGGAGAAGAAGGAGAAGAGGAAGAAGGAAGCACAACCCUGCGGAGACGCCACGUCCUCCUAACGAGUCUCCACCGCUGAACCUACAAACUGAAAACUGCUGAAGUCGACUCUAAAGAGUAUUAACAGUUUGAUGUUUCUCCGUCCGGCUGCACUCGCGCUGGAGGCAGCUCGGGAAAUCUGAUGAUAUUUAGUUUUCUGUGGCAUUUUCUCCAUCUCACUAAAAUCGAUUCUUCUAUAAAUCCAGUUUUGCCGAGAGAACGGUGACGUGCGUUUGAUUCCAUCAUCGAUUCUUCAUAUUGAGCUCAUCAGACCUCACGUUCCAGCUCCUGCUGUGGCUCGGUGGUCCAGCGGGUUGAUAUGAGGAAUCGAUGACGUGACGCUGCUGUGAACGUGAGACACACACUCACCGGUUCCACUCGACCUCUUUCCACACACGAGCGUCAGAAACACAAACUAGAUACAAACCGACUGUUCAACACUAUUUAAAGGUUUCAACGUUUUUACUUAUUUUUUAUUUGAUCAUUGUUGGGUUUUUUUACACAUUUGAAGACGUCUCUUAAACACUAUCUGUUCAAUUUGUGUCAGAAACAGUCAAAUGUCUCUUAUUAUUUCAGCUGAAUCUCUAAACGGCCACAAAUAAAUGUCAGAACCAGUCGGAACAGAUUUGCUACCUCGAGGAACACGUGGGUCGUGUUGCAUGAAGAACUGAUGAAGCUCGACGCUCAUCAGAUGUUUUUUAAAUGUUGUGUAAGUGUUGAAUAACAAAGGAGACGUUGGAAAGUACUUUCUCUACACUCGUGUUGUGAGAUCUCGUCUCUGGUGAGAUCUCAACUCGUCUCCAGCGUCCUGCACGUCUCACUCGUCUCCUGUUCAGACUCCUCCCACAAAGUCACAGCUGUGACCAUUCAUUAUAUUAUAUUAUAUUAUAUCACAUCAUCUCCAAAUCAAGGCUGUAACUAAUGAUUGACUUGUUUUCUAAUUUGCGGAUAAAUUAAUACAUCAGUUGUUGAUUCUUGAAAAUUUCCCCAGAGCCCAAGUAAAUUUCUCGUCUUGUAUUUUCCAACCAAACUCAAAUAUAUUCAACGAUAAUAUAGAAGAGCAAAUCUUCAUAUUUUCAAAGUUUUAUCGAUUUCUCUUGAACGUGAUAUAAAUUGAACAAAGCCAAUGGAUGAUGUCACAAAUGUUCAUUUAGUUUAUUUUCUUCAUUGAUUCUAAAUUGUACAGAAGAAGUUCUGAAUUAUUUAAGUAGGAAAAAUUUGAGAUAUUCUUUUUUUUUUUUCUGGUUUUAAAUCCUAUAAUUAUUGCGAUGCUGUUUGUAACCAUGGAAACCUGAACUUGUAUGUUCCUGCCUCAUCUCAUGUUUUUAUUUCUUUUGCCUUCAUGAUGAUAUUUUCGCACAAUUUCAUCCUCUGGAUGCAAAAUGAGAAAAAUGAUUUAUAGUAAAAGAUCAAAGUGUCAAAGGAAUGUUGUGCUGCCCCCUUGUGGACAAUGAAGCAGCGGCACUGAUACGUGUGUUUGAAGUUUGUUUUACAUUAUGUGCAAUUGACAACAUGACAAUAAAUCUGGGUGGUGUUUACCUCCGGCUCUG